AUGGUGGUUGUGCCAAUAGACGCUGAUCUAGACCAACCUCGCAUCACUGGAUUGGAAUCCAGCACCGAGGAGGAUUGUAGCAACAAAGCCCAGACUCCAUUAAGCAAACCAUUACCUCUUUGGCGAAAGUUGGCAUUUGCAGCUGGUGGUCUUCCAAUGCAGAUGAUGCAAAAUAUUAUCGCGUUUUUUCUACCAAUAUUUUGUCUGGAGACCGUAAACCUUGAUCCUUCUUAUUUGUCUGCUAUUCUACUGGUAGCUCGUGUUUCCGAUGCCCUGACCGAUCCAAUUAUGGGGUUUCUUGUUCUGAAAACGAGAAGUAGAUUUGGUCAGAAGAGACCAUGGAUUCUCUUUUCAACACCAAUUUUCGUUGGAUCCUUCUUUGCACUAUUUUACGCCGUUAGCUGGUCGGAUGUUGCGAAACUCUGCUUAUACAUCACCAGCAUCGUAAUGCUUCAGGUUGGAUUAACUUCAUUCCACGUCCCCUACAGCUCAAUGACCAUCGUGCUCACCAAUAUUCCCACUGAACGGGACACCCUAACCGCGUUUCGCAUGUUCUCCGAGGUGCUUGCCAUUCUCCUUGGUGUUUCCGUCUUCGGCGCCAUCAUCGCUCAGCACCGCGUCGCCACAACCUGCGAGGAGUCCGUCUACUUGAAUGCCACCUCCCCCGAGCAGGUGAUUGUCAGUCCUGAAGCCAAGCAACUGGAGGCGUGGUCCUAUGUCACGGCUGCCAGUGUGACCUGCGCGAUUGGGGCCGCGGCUGCUCUCAUCUGCUUCUUUGGCACUCGCGAGGUAAACAACUCGGAAGAACCAUCCACAAAGGAGGAAGAUGUGGGCUUCUUCAAGUCUGUCCGUCUAGUUCUCACCUACCGACCCUACCUGUUGCACAUGGGGGCUUUCCUCUUCUUGUCGCUGGGGAUUCAGGCAAGUCAUUGGUUUAGUGGACCCGGCUGA